AUGAUGGGCUCUCAAGUGACAGUCUGGCGCUGGAGAGAGAUCUUCCAAAAUGAUUUCAAAUCCCGGAUGCAGUGGACUAUCAGACCACAAUUUGAACAAGCAAGCCAUGCGUAUAUUGCAAUUGUGAACGGCAGUGCUAGUCGCGAGGUGCUCCAAUAUGUUGUGUUUCCUGAGCAAAAUGUGAUCCUUAAUGAAUCUAAGUCAUGUAAUCCUGAUGAUCACGGUGCAUUUUCGUUCAAGUGGUGGCAAUAUCUGGAGCCCAGUUCGAACCUUAACACACCAAAGCGAGAUGUUACCGUUCUAAACCUGCAGCAAAGAAAUGCAGCCACAGUGACGAUCGAAAUUCCACCGGCCGAGACUCUGAUGAGGGCUGGCAGGGUUGUUCAUGCAGAAGCAGACAAGCACUUACAUAUCAUUCUGGAGGCGUCGAAUGGAGGACAACCCGCUUAUCGCCGAGUGAUUCUCACGAUAAAGGGUAACACUUCGAGCGAGAAAACAGAAGGGAGAGAGCAUCAGGGUCAUGACGAAAUUUGA